AUUUAUCUGCGCACUAGUUUAUGGUUCACAAGUAUUCAGUUAGUAUUUGAAUAUAUCAGCCUGACGUGGCUCCUGUUCUCACUCGCGACUGUUAAAUAGUAUCUAUGCAUAUCCGCAUAUACCUAAACAUAUGAGGAGACAGGCAUAUGCACAUAUACUUAAAAACACGCAAAUACUUUGAUCGUGGAUUUAAAAUAUAUAACAAAAUUGUACACCAGUAGAUGAAUGCCGGAGGCACAGGCACGCCACGGACAUCACACCACACACAUCCUCCAUCAUUCAAGUAAAGUGAAACACACAUACAAGAUGGAGCAGGAUCACGUGGGUUCCGACCUGUUAAGCCCCAAUCACCUGCCGAACCCCUUGAGUACUGGUAGUCUACACAGACGCGACUCCACAGGUGCACCUGACGAACUGCUGAGCUCCGACACUGUUGUUGUAGAAGGGGCGGUUGCCAGACGGCGUGAUUUAGUAAAGGCUGUAUGGGCACGGAAUUACUUCAUUCUGGGGGGUAUG